GCAAACUCGCCAAGAACACCUAGUACCGCCGCGCACUGCAACGGGAGGAGGCUGCCUCAGGCGUUCCGAGAAAUCCCUCCAGAUUUCCAUGAACGCUCCCUCGAGCGGCCAAGAGUCCCGAACCGAGACGAUUGGAGGCAUGCCACCGAGAGGAAGGAGGCACUGGUGCAAGCACUGCAACAAGAGCUUCCCUUCAGGGAGGUCGCUCGGAGGCCACAUGGCGCUUCACAGGGGCAGACGCAAACACAAGAAGCAGCCAAGAAGCACGCUGAGCCUUGGUAGCGACGGUGAUGGCGCCAGCAUUUAUGGUCUCCGGAAGAGGCGACAUAGGACCUUGUUGCUGUGUAGUUCCAGCGACGAUGAGUUCCUGAGAUCGGUCCCCAAGACGGAAUGCCAGUUGUGCUUCAAGGUUUUUGCCUCCUGCGACGCGCUGUCGAUGCACAUGAGGGCGCACACUCGCCAUGAGAGGAAGAUGGUGGCAAAGGAGGAGACAUCAAGAGAGGUUACUACCUUGAGCAAUGGAUAUUGUGAUCGUAAUGUCGUUGUGUCUACCCCAGUGAUGUUGACAUAUGGGAUAGAGGAGGUGGAUGCUGCGCGUGUUCUUCUGAUGAUUUCAGGACAUUCUGGCAUGUAUUCAGCUUCUGAGUAUUGCAAUGAAGAUCAUGGGAUGGAUGGCAACUCGUCCUACCGUGUGCAGAAGAGUGAGAAUGGGCUGGAUUACUCUGGUCAUGGCCAAACUGGGGAUGCUGAGUUGAUGAAGCCAGAAAGCUCCAGUUCUGACGAGGAGAUGAAGUUCAGCAGUCUUUCGCACGUGUUAAAGGCGACAAACGAUUGCAAGCUCUGCGGCAAGUUCUUUGCAUCCAGGAAAGCAUUGGGGGGCCACAAGAAGUUUCACAAAGUUCCUGAUCAUGAAAAAGUUGAAGCAUCCCCCAACUCUGCUGUUGCUCAAACAGGACAACAUCUGCUUGAGGUGGACCACGGGUUGCUCAGUCUCAACCUUCCAGCUCUCAGUGACAGGAACUACAGCAGCAGGAGUCCAAAGUCUGAACUGAAUCCAUGGUGGUCUGCGAGCAACCUUCCCAGUGAGCGAAUGCUGGGUGUUGUCUGA